AUGUUGACUGCACCCAACGGUGACCUGUGGGACCUCAGGCCUUGCCGCCGAAUCCUCGCCGGGCAGCCUUCUGAAGCCCCAUGGUGGCCCUCGCCCGAGAGCUGGGCGAAGUUUUCUGGCAUGGGUCACCAGGACCCACUGACUGCCCACGCCGCCUGGUGUUUUUUGCUGCUGGUCUGGCUCGCCAACUUUACCCUGGGGCACGGAGAUACGGCUUUGCAGCCACAUGGCGGAUACUGGCGGCCGAGGAGUGGCAGGCCCGCCCGCAACUACCCCCAUCUCCAGGGCGACGCGCGGCGGAGGAGACUCUACUCGUCCACCCACUACUUCCUGCGCAUCGGUGGGGACGGCAACGUCGACGGCACGCGUCGGGUCGAGUGUCCGGACAAUAUCGUGGAGAUCCGAUCUGUGCGUGCGGGGAUCGUGGCCAUCCGGUCAGUCCACAGCGGGUUCUACUUAGCGAUGAACAGAAAGGGGAAGCUCUACGGCACGAAAGCGUACACCCCCAGCUGCAACUUCGUGGAGCGGAUCGAGGAGAACGGCUACAAUACUUACGCUUCCUUGCUUUGGCACCAUGAGGGACGCCCCAUGUUCCUGUCCCUAAACGCCAAGGGCAUUCCGCGAAAGGGGCCGAAGACCCGGAGACAGCACCUGUCCGCACAUUUUCUGCCCAUGCUGGUCUCCUGACGGAGAGGUUGCAACACACCACGGACUCGUAAUGCUUAUCAAACGCCUUCUUAUAUUGAGUAUUUAAAAAC